GAAGCCUUGGCGAAUUUCUGCAGUGCAUCUUGUAGAUAGUACACACUGCUGCUACUGAUGGAGUGGAUACUUGUGGUGCCUGUUGUGAGAUUUUAUCUGGCACAUAGAGUAAAAAAAAGUGCAUUUUUUUCACAGGAUAUUACAAAUGGAGGAAUUACGGAUGAGAUGCUCAAAUCAAACAUCAUGUCAAGAUCUGACAGUAAUUUUACUUAUCAGGACAUUAAUAUAAUUGACCUUGGAAUAUAGAAGGAAGCAAUCAGUGUGACCUGUAAAGGUCAAUGAGAGAGCGCUCCAGAGCACUGCUGAAAGAAGUUUACCCAAUUACACAGCUGAAAGAGCAUCACACCAUUCAUGAAGACAGGAAACGUACAUUUAUGUGUACUCGCGUUGGGAACAGGUUUAGUCAGCUGACUGAUCUCUUGGCAGAACAGUGUGUGCACGCAGGGGAAAGGCUGUUCAUAUGCUCCAUGUGUGGGAAGAAUUUCUCUCGUUCAUCAAAUUUGCUGGCCCACCAGCGAGUUCACAGUGGGGAGAGGCCCUUCAGCUGCUGCACGUGUGGCAGGAGAUUCUCUCGUUCAUCAAAUCUGCUGGCGCACCAGCGAGUUCACACUGGGGAGAGACCUUUCAGCUGCUCCACCUGUGGGGAAGAAUUCACACGGUCGUCUAGUUUGCAGACACACCAGCGAGUUCACACUGGGGAGAGGCCAUUUAGUUGCUCUACAUGUGGGAAGGAGUUCACACGCUCAUCCCAUCUGUUGAGACACCAGCGCAUUCACACAGGAGAGAUGCCUUUCACCUGCUCAGUGUGUGGGAAGGGAUUCACUCAAUCUUCCAAUUUGUUGACACACCAGCUUGUUCACUCUGGGGAACGGCCAUUCAUAUGCUCACUGUGUGGGAAGGGAUUCACUCGGUCGUCUCACCUUCUGACGCACCAUCGUAUUCAUGAAGGAGAAAGGCCAUUUACCUGUUCUGUGUGUGGGAAGGCAUUUAUCCAGUCCUCCAGUCUGCUGACACACCAGCGAGUUCACACUGGGGAGAGGCCAUUUGUUUGUUGUGUCUGUGGGAGGAGAUUCACUCGGUCAUCCAACCUGCUGUCACAUCAGAGUGUUCAUACUGGUGAGAAACCGUUCACCUGCUCUGUAUGUGGAAAUAGAUUCACUCGUUCCUCCAGCCUGUUGGCACACCAGCACGUUCAUACUGGGGAGAAACCAUUCAUCUGUGCUGUAUGUGGGAAAAGAUUCACUCGCUCAUCCAACCUGGUUACACACCAACGUGUUCACACUGGAGAGAGACCAUUUACAUGUUCUGUGUGUGGAAAAGGAUUCACUCGUUCAUCUAACCUGCUGACACACCAACGAGUUCACAUUUAACUACACUGAGUGGAUUCUGCUGUUAAUAACGUCCAGGAUUCAGCCAGGUUGGAUCUGGAAGUUGGGGGCUGUUAAUGCUGAUCUGGAUAACCCUAGAACUGCGACAUAUUUUACCACUGAGUGUAUGUAUUGCAUUUGGAUUUUCUUUGGGAUUUAUCUUUAGCAACCACUGCUGGAAGUGGGUUGUAUCUCUACAGCAUGCCCCAUAUUUCCAUAGACAAAAGAUUUUCCAAGAUGCAAGAUGUUGAAAGGGACCUUUAGUGACUGGCUAUGUGUGAAUCUAUUCUCAUCAAGUGAAUCACCAACUUUUCACUCACAAAAUCAGAUUUUAACCAACAUUUUUCAUAAGAACGUUCAGACACUUUGACAGUUAUCACUGAAAUUUACCCGCUGUUCCUUUAUCGUUCUACAAGAUGUUGUCUUUUCCCUCCCAGCUUUCAAUUACAGUCAGUGCCAUCCAAUCAGAGGCCUUGCCCAUUAACCUACAACUGAUGAGAUUUUGCUUCACAUUCGCAGACUGAUUUAGAAUUUAAACUCUUGUAUUUUUUGGAAAUGCUGAGAGCUAAGACAGAUUUAAAUAGGGAUGUAGGCUGUUUGCUUAACACAGGAGAAAAGGCAUCCUCGUAGGAAAUGCUGCAAUUAGAGAUUGAGAGAGUAUAGUAAUGACGCUGGAAAGAGCAAGGGAGAAUGUGCUGUUGACUCCAUCACUAAGGAGAAGCUAUCAGUGAAGAGACUAAGAACUUAAAUAAUUAACUUGACAGGGAAGCACAUUUCGACAGUUAGCACAUUAAGCGAAUGUCUUGUUUUAAUGGAGGAAAUGGUCUUUUCCUUUGGGUGCUGUAGUUGGUAUCUGCCCUUGUUAAUUAGGUAUAGGCACUUGGGCAAGUUGUCUUGAACCUUCAGCCAACAUGAGUCUAUUUCUUCUUGACCCCUUUAUCACACAAACUGAUGCUGUCAAUGGCUAUUUUCUGAAUUUUAUUACCUAGAGAUUGGAUCAGAGUUUAAUGAUUUUUUAAAAAAUUGCUUAAAGUGACUUGUUGAGCUUUUUAAAAGUUUGAACACUUUGGUUAUUUAGUAAUAAUAUAAAAGAUACCAGGGUCUUUGUAAUUUAAUGUUAUUGAUAGAUUUCUGGAUUAUUCCAGAUUAUUUCAGGAUGAGUUUGUCUGUGUACUAGAAUCAAACUGUCAGGUAAAUGGGUGCCUGGUCUGAUUAAAUGGAGGGCAAUCAUUUUGCAGUAGUUGGAGAUGAGGGGUGUAAGUGUUUGCAAUACUACUGUUCUUUGCCCUAUAGUGAAGACAGAACAAAUUACGUGCUCAAUUUAGCUGCGAAUCCUUAUUUUCCGUUACUAAUUAUCCAGUUUCACUUUCGAUGAGAAUCAACCUUACUUUGUUAACUCUUUAUGUAAUUAUAGAAAUUCUUUUGUUACGUUUCUGACCAGCUUUCUCUCCUACUCUUAACUUUUUGUUUCUCUUUAUUAAAGUUUUUGGUCAUUCCUUGCUUUUAUUCCUUGCUGUCCAAUGUUCUGACAUCUGUUUCUGCAAAGUUUGAUUCUACCUUUAACAUUUUAGCUAAUUUCUAGUCUAGAUGGUAAGCCUGUCCCUGGAAUUUUUCUCACUUGUAAGAAUGUAUUGACUUUGUAUCUUUUGAAAUCCCCCCUAAAUGUCUGCCACUGUAUCUUUUCUGAUGUAUCUUUUUAACCUAAUUUACUUUAGCCAGCUCUGCUUUCAUGUGCUCAAGAUUAUCCUUCAUAGAAUCAUACAAUCUCUGCAAUGCAAAAAUAGGCCAUCAAGUUCACACCAACCCCUCUGAAGAGCAUCCCACCCUGACCCUACUCUUACCCUAAUUCUGUAACCCUACAUAUCGUAUGGCUAAUCCAUCUAACCAACACAUCUCUGGACACAAUGGGCAAUUUAGCAUGGCCAAUACAC